AUGAUCAAGACGGCCCUUGCCCUCCUUGUGCUCGUCCAGCUGGCAGAAGCCAUUCGCUACACAAAGUGGCCCGUCCAGCCCAUGUACAACGUCAAGCGAGAUAUUCGCAAAGGCGAAGCGACACUCGUGCUCGUCUACAGCUGCAUGUGCCCCCGCAGCCAGCGCACCAUCCCGCGCUUCGAGAAGGCGGCCACCGAGCUCAAGAAGAUGUACGGAAUCAAGACCAAGUCGCUCGAGUACUACUCGACCGGCUUCGAGUUCAUGAAGGUUGUGCCGUACAUCAACCGCUUCCCGGUGCUGAUGCUGUACAGAGCCGACGGCAGCAAGGUCCGCUACUCCGGCAUUGACCCGCCAAUGGCCGCCCCCGAGGAUUUUGUGCGCUUCACGCUCGACAACGAGUACGCGCCGUACGAGAGCGAAGCCAACGACCAGUCCAUGUCUUCCAACUCGAUUUGG